UGUGGGGGUGGUGUUGACUGUUUUUUUGAUGCUGUUGUGCGGCACGCUGUAAAGCGACGCUAUCGGCGGGCGGCACGGACCCUCCGGUCGAUUAGUAUCGACAUGUCGCUGUUCGGGGCGGAUGAUGAUGAUGUCGAUUUCCUGUCACCGAGCGGCGGGUCCAAACUGGCCUCUCUAUUUGGCAUGGAUCAGGCUUCAACAGGUCAGGGGAACGAGUCCUUCCAGUAUACUGCCCCCAAGCAGCCGAAGAGAGGAACACCACCACCUGGAGCAGGUUCACAGAAGCCAUCAGCUACUGCUGCUCCUCCAGCGGUCUUGUUUGCAACUGGAGUGCACGCUUACCAAUAUGUGAAUGGUCAGUAUGUGAAGCAGGGGAAACUAGGGGCAGCAAUUCUUGGAAACCAUACUUCUGCAGAGUACAAGGUUCUCCUCUACGCCAGCCAACAGAAACGGAUUGCUGCUGCCCGCAUUUAUCCAGCUUUCAUUUUUACUGUUCAAGCCAAUAAUUAUUGUGUGUUUUACGAUGACCAGCGGCAGAAUUGGUCAAUCAUGUUUGAUUCUGAGAAGGCUGUGGUGGAAUUCACCAAACAGGUGUGUUUGGCAAAAUGCAACAGCACCCCGACACUGGAAUCUGUGCUGAUCCAAGAUCUAGCCCCAGGAGAAGGACAAGCAGUUGAAACAGGGGACUCUCUGGAAGUGUCCUACACAGGUUGGCUUUACCAGAACCACACGUUUGGACAGGUGUUUGACACGAAUGUGAAUAGAGACAAGUUGCUGCGGUUGAAAAUAGGAUCGGGGAAAGUGAUAAAGGGCUGGGAAGUCGGAAUGCUGGGAAUGAAGAAGAAUGGAAGGAGACUGUUGAUUGUACCUCCAGGUUUGGCGUAUGGAUCACAGGGAAUACCAAACCGGGUUCCAGCCAAUGCCACACUAAUCUUUGAAGUGGAGGUUAAAAGGGUAAAGUUUGCAAAGGAGUCUGGGUCUGACAAGCUGAGUACCAGCUCUCAUGAAUCUGCUACGUCUUCACCAGCCCCCAGCAUAGAAAGCCUGACCACAGAAACUGCGAUCCCAGCACCUGUAUCUGUGCCUCCAAAGCCUGGGUAUGAAAGGGAGCCUGUGGUGCGGGCCAAGUCAAAUUCACUGAGUGACACGUUGGCUAAUCCAGACACCACGAAAGCCAAGUUGAUUUCUCGAAUGGCGAAGAUGGGUCAGCCAAUGCCAUUUCUCACAGGAGCGCUCUCUGCACAACCUGACUCCAGUGACUCAGAGCUUGAGGAUCAUUCAUUGAAGGGCACCCCACUUGCUGCUCCAUCUCCUGCCCCAUCAUCGGUUCAGCACACUGCACAUCCUGUUCACAAUCUGCCUCCACAGCAGCCAGCACCAGCGCCUGUUUCCAUGCAUGCAUCCUCCUCUGCCGCACUAUUGCCAGUCACGCUUUCUGCACAACAAGGACUGGCUGGCAGUGGGCAGACCUUCCAGCCAUAUGCAGGGAUAUCCUAUGGUUACCCACAAGGUCAUGCUGCGCAGACCCAGAUUCAGACAGUUGCACCAAUGUACCCAGCCCAGGCACACCAGUAUCAAGCUGCUGGAGAUGUCACUUCCUUUAUGAUGACAGAGGCACGCCAGCAUAACACUGAGAUUCGAUUGGCUAUCAGUAAGGCAUCUGAUAAAAUUGACCAGCUUUCUCUUAAGGUUGAUGACUUGCAGAAACAUGUAAAUGGGCCCUCAUUUCCUGGCAUUUCAUCAGUAACAAUGGAAACCAGCAUGAUCAUGCAUAACAUCCAGAGAAUUAUCCAGGAGAAUGAGAGGCUGAAACAGGAAGUGUUUGAGAAAAGCAGUCGAAUUGAAGAGCAGAAUGGGAAGAUCAGUGACCUGAUCCAGAGAAACCAAAGAUAUGUGGAACAGAGUAAUUUGCUGAUGGAGCAGAGGAAUGACUCUCUAAUAUCUUCAACCGAGAAUAACCAGGCUCGUAUCCUGCUUGCAGAGCAGGAGAAGGUUAAGGUGACUGAAGAACUAGCAAUUGCUACCAGCCAGGUUGCCAAGUUGCAGCUGGAGCUCACAUCCCACCAGAAGAAGGAGAUGGAGUUACGGAGCCAGCUUGCAUCAGCAUUGCAGGAGGUAGAGGGACAAAGGCUACGGCUCAACAACGUGGAAGUCCAGUUAACAGAGCUACAGGAAGUGUCGGAGCAUGCUCAGACUCAGUGCAAAGCGGAGAAACAAAGGCGCAAGGAGCUUGAGGUGAAGGUUGCCAGUCUGGAGGAGGAGCUUAUGGAUCUGCGAACUGAAAGAGAAAAUCUGGAAAAGAAUUUAGCGGAAAGGAAGAGGAAAGCAGUAACGGAGCGGCAGCGGGCGGAGGAGGAAAUGGAUGAAAUCCGGAAAUCGUACGAAGAGGAACUGGGAAAAGUGCGGUCGUUGCUGAAGAAAACCCGAUCGUCGACUGACCAGGCUGCAGCAGAGCAGAUUGCUGCGAUGCAGGCAGAACUGGAAUCGGAGUGGCAGGCCAAAUGUGAUCGGAAACUGGCAUUAGCCAAGGAGCAGCACAGUCAGCAGUACCAGGAAGUCUGUGAACAACGGGAUUCCCAGCAGCUUCAGAUCUCCCAGUUGGAGACCAAGUUGGCAUUAUUGAAGCAGUCCCGUCAAGUGGAGGAAGACAGGCUCGGCUCACUUCAGGAACAAGCAGAGGAGCUGCAGGCAUUGAAGGAGCGGUAUUCAUCCCUGCAGAGCAGAGCGGCUGCAAUGAAGGAACAUUAUGAUAGCCAAAUCCGUGAACUCCAACAACGGGUCCCUGCAACUACUGAAGCAUUACAGUCAGCUGAUACUGCUGAGGAGGUGAAGAAGAUCAUGAAUGGAGUGUUUCAGUCGUUGCGAGGAGAGUUUGACCUGGAUGAAAUGUACAGUGGCAGAGCAGUCCUUGGUAUCAUUGUGAACACUAUCAAGGCAGUUACCUUGAAACUGUUGAGAAGUGACCAAGACCAGCCAAUCACAAAGAGUGACAAUGAGGAUGAUGAAUCUGAGGAGGAGCUCGAAGAACAAGCAGUUUCUCCGAUUGAGAAGAAAGCGAAUACUGAUACCUCGGAAAGUCCGAACACUGCAGUAUUGGAUGAAAAACAACCCAUGGUAGCUGAAGCUCACCGGAUAGAAGAUGUGAAUUUAUCACCUGGUCACUCUGGUGAGGUGGUUACAGUGAAAUCUGAGCAUAAUGAGGCUGAAGGCUCAAAAGCAUUGCAAUUGGAGCAGCCAGAGGCAGCCCUGACCUCUAGCCUGAACAUUCCCACUCUCGCACAAGGUUCACCCACUGCAGAUAAGCAGGAGGCUACUGCAGAAACCUCCAGGACAGGAGCUGCUGACACACAGACUGAGAAGAAGCCUUUGUCUGAUUGUCAAAAUGGAAAAUCUCAUCAACAAACAGAGGUCCCUGAUCAUGAUAGAACAGUAGAGAAGAGCCUUAACCCAUUGGACAGGGUUCAGCACUGUGAGCUGGACAAUACAUCGGAUUUAAACAGUCCGACUGAAAGACAGGAAGAGCAAUCUCAAGCACUCAGUUUUGAAAGCGGUUCUGGAAUUCAAGAGGAGACUCUGCUUUCAGAACCCUUGCAGGAAGCAGUCCCAGCCCUGAAUGGGAAUGAAGAGAGUCCAGAAAUUCCAGAGGGUCCAGUGUUUGAAGCAAGCGAGUCUCCCUCAGAGCUGGAGGCAUUGCACGUGGUGGAACAUGGUUCCAGUGACACAAUAUCAACACCAGGACAUAAAUCUAAAUCUGCUCCCUCAACAAAUGCCGCCAGUCUUUUCAGUGAUGAUGACGAUGAUGAGGGCUUGUUCAAACCGGUGACUCUGAAAUCGGGAAAGCAAAUCAAGAAGGAGGAGGAAGAGGAUGAAGAUGAAGUGAGUAUGAAGGGCCGCCCACCACCAGCACCCCUCUUUGGAGAUGAGGAUGAAGAAGAUGAUUUUGAUUGGCUUGGAUAAGGUCACCUCUAAGAUUGAGUGUAAUUACUGUGGAGAUGGAGAACCAGAAAGGAUCCUGCCUCAAAGACCUGCCUGAAAACACAGUGCUUAUUCCCUGUGGAAUUUUAUAUUCAGAAAUUCUCUCUGAUUGUAACCUACUGGACACAGCCUCCUGGUGUGAGGUUGUCUGGAGUCCAAACAGAAGGAAAUUGUGGAUGAACUUGCACUAACUCUAAACCACACUGGUAUUGUUCCUAAACAUCAUAUGACUUUGUUGUAAUCAGAUUUCCUUUUUAAUUCCUGCUGAAUUUCAUUAAAUUUUUACUGCUUAAACAGCCAGAGCUGUUGACAGCUGUUGGACAGCCCGAUGCAGCACAAGGCAAGUAGAGACUGCUUAUUAACUUUGUUAUUGUAACUGCCAGAGUCUGAAUAUCAGACUCUCUUCAUCACAUUCUGUCAUUUGUGAAUGAUGCUCACAUGGGGAAUAAGACAUUUUCCUGGUGUGUUGGGUGCAGCGUUGGUUUGGUCCAAAAUAAAGUAUCUCUGUGCCUUAACUUCCAAUUACGUGGUGCCCACCCUACACAUUUUCACUCCUGUUUCUUGACGCAGCCUACUUGGGCGGAACUCAUUGUCUUCAGUUGUACAGCCUGAACUGAAAAUUCUCCAAACCGCUUAAUUUCUUUACCUUUCAUUUCCUGUCCAAUGAUACUUCUGAAAACAUUCCUCUCUGCUCAGAUUUUCGGUCAUGCAAUCUAAUUUACCUUAAUGUCAAAUUUUGAUUGACUUGUGAAGCCUAAAUGUCCUUUUGUUUUAGAUCCGUUCAUGACCAUUGUAGAGAUGUUGAAUGGAGGGAUUUGAAUUCCUCAAGCCAAUCUUCAAGAAAUUAUGCAACAAGAUUUCAAGUUUUACAACUUUACUAUAACAAACGAAAAGCAACCUGGACUAAGCAUUACCUAACAGGCAGUUAAUGAUAAGUUAAUUUAAAAAAAUCUUAACAUGACCAAUAACCUCAUGCCAUAUAUACUUGACAUAUAUACUCUGUACUUUAUAGUAUGGUUUCCAUAGACCUUCACUUGUUAGAGAAAACAGGCCUGUUUCAUGCUGUUUCCAAUCGAUUUACAUAAUCCAUUUUGCUGAAUUAUAGUUUUUCAUGGCUAUUGUGUCUUGAUCUUUGAAUUCUCAAAACCAGUGCACAGUGGUGCCAGCUUUGCCAGGGCUAAUCCUGUAGAGUUUUUACAGUGCUGUGGAUUGGCAACUCACCUCCCUCUUGUCUGAUCAUUCAAAGUGAAUCAGUAGCUGCUCUCUCCCCCUCCCUCCAUGAACCAUCCAAGCCCUUUUCCUGUCAAAGUGACCUAGAUAGUGAGAUUGAAUGUACCAUUGGGUGGUAUGGUGGCUCACUGGCCUCAGUGCCAGGAUUCCGUGUUCAAUUCCCGCCUCGGGCAACUGUCAGUGUGUAGUUUGCACAUUCUCCCUGUAUCUGCGUGGGUUUCCGCUGGGUGCUCCAAUUUCCUCCCAUAGUCCAAAGAUGUGCAGGCGAGGCGGAUUCACCUUGGGAAAUGCGGGGCUACAGGGAUAGGGUAGGGAUAUGGGUCUGAUGGGAUGCUCUUCAAAGGGACAGUGUGGACUCAAAGGGCCCGAAUGGCUUGCUUCUACAGUGUGGGGUUUCUGAUUCUAUAGCUGAAUUUACCAAAUAAACAAGGAGAGGUGGUGAAGUCAGUUGGUCGUGAGGAAGUAGAGUCUGCAAAGGAAGAGAUAGAGGUUAGGUGAGUGGAUAAAAAUUUUGGCAGAUGGACUAUUAUGUGGGAAACUGAACUUUGGCUGGAGUAAUGUAAAAGGCAGUGUACUACUUAGAGAGAUUGUUGUUAGAGGGAUCUGGGUGUCCUGGAACAUGAUUUACAAAAAAUUAGUAUGGAAGGACAAUGUGAUGAGGAAGACAAAAUGUAUGUUGAUGGUUGCUGCAAGGGGAAUGGAACGUCAAAAUAUAGAGCAUUUGAUUUCAAAUGUGGAGUACUGUGUAGUUUUGAAACUCCAUAUUUGAAAAGAGUAGAUAAUUAUUUUGCAUCAGAAGCAGUUCAGCUAAGGUUCACUUCUCAUUCGAUGGAUUUCUUGAGGUUGAACAGGUUCAGACUAGUACUUGUUGGAGUUUGGAAGAAUGAGGUGAACUUACUGAAACACAAUAUCAUGAGGAAACUUGGAAGGAUGUUUCCUUUAAGCGAGGGAUCAGAGUAAGGAGAUAUAAUUAAAAAAUAAGUAUCCUUUUUAAAAUUGAGAUUGGAGAAAUGUUUUUUGAGGGUCAUUAGUCUAAGGAAUUCUUCUCCCCAAAAAGCAGUUGAGGCUGGAUAUUUGAAUAUCUCCCCUUUUUUCGUUUACUAUUUCACCUGCAAAUCUUGGAUUCUAACCUGGCCAUACAUCCCACACUUGGUAUUCUUCCAGUUGAGCAUCUUUGUUUGCUGUUUGUCCUUUUCCAUAUUAAGGCUUUAAACCUUGAUGCCACAAGCAUCAAUGCUGGAUCCUCAGCUAUUUACACUUUUCUCUUUCUUUACAUCAUUAGUGUGAAGACAUGCGACUAUAUAAUGCAUCAUAUUUGCUGAUGAUACUUUUCACCUAGUUUAGUGAGUUGUGGGCUGCAAAGACUGGUUGUGAGUUAACAACUGGACGGUCAUGGGGGAAAAUUAUUCAUUUUGGUUGUAAGAGUGGAAUUGCUAAAUAUUUUCUAAAAGGUGUGAGACUGAUGUUCAAAAAUUGGUGUGAUAGAGGAAGCAUGUCAGUACAGCAAGCAAUUUAGAAAGCAAAUGGCAGAUUGGGCUUUAGAGCAAAGGAAUAGUCAAGGAAGACCAAAUUUGGAAUACUGUGUGCAAUUUUGGUUGCCAUAUUUAUCAGAGGAUAUAUUCUUUUGGAUAAGGUAUAGUAAGUGUUUAUUAAACACGUCCUUUGGAGAUAUGGUUAUCCUGCAAUGAGAUGUUGAUAAAUUGGGCUCUAUGUUUUGGAGUUUUGAAGGAUGAGAAAUGAUCUCAUUUACACAUCCAAGAUUCACAAAGGGUUCGUGAGGGUCGAGCUUUUUUUUAUUAUUCAUAGACAGGCUUGAGGGCUUUGCUGGUUGGGUCAGCAUUUACUACCCAUCCUAAAUGUCCAGACGGCAGUUGAGUCAGUCACGUUGCUAUGUCAGAUGUAGGCCAGACCAGGUAAGGAUGGCAGAUUUCUUUCCUUAAAGACAUUACAGAACCAGAUAGGUUUCCCCCCCCCCCCAACAAUUAGCAAUGGAUUCACAGUCAUCAUUACAUUCUUAAUUCCAGAUUUUUAUUAAAUUCAAAUUCCAUGUGGUAGGAUUCAAAAUCAGGUCCUCAGAAUAUUACCGAAGUGUCUGGAUUAAUAGUCUAGUGAUAAUACCACUAGGCCAUUACUUCCCCAAUGCUGAGAAAUUGUUUUGGCUGAUUGAGGAAUCUAAAACAUGGAAGCUAGCUUCAAAGGAGUGAGAUGAGAAAUUAUUUAACUUAGUGUUGUGAAUCUUUGUAAUUUUCCCCACAGAGGAUUGUGAAUACUAAUGUUUAAAUAUAUUUCAGGCUGAGAAAGGGGUCUCAGGGAAUUGAAGAAUAUUGGGAGAGUGUAUAAGGGGGUAGAGUUGAAGCCCAAAGUCAGCCACAGUCACAUUAAAUUGCAGAGCAGGCUGGAUGCGUCAUGUGCCCUACUCCUGUAGUAUUUCUUGUAUUCCAGGAAAAAUGUAAAGAAAAUAUGGUGGGUGAACUGCAUGAUUAUGAAUAAAUACAUUUGAUUGAAA